AUGCAGACACUUCCCGAACCUGCCAACGGCGAUAUCUUCGCCUUUGGUGGGAAGCUGACGAUCGACAACGCCGCCGCCAAUGUGUUCAUCAUCCACGACACGCGUCCGGGUGGCACGGCGUUGCUGCCAUCCAGCCUCUCGGUCGGCUUCGUCUUGGAAAAUGUAUAUCACAUUGACGCAGCUCUCUUCUCUCGCUAUUGCAGCACCCUGGUCGGCGGCACUCUCAUCAAAGGCUUGGGUCUCCAAGCCGAGGGGUGCCAUUUGGGCGACAGAUCUAUCGACACCGUCUACGAUGAUAUUGUCUGCGUUGUGUCUGACCAGGCUGGCUCCAGCUGUUCGAUUGGAUCUGUAGCUGGGGAUUUCGUCGCCGUUAUCGAUCCAGUUAACGACUGGAAGGACCCUGAGCUGUCUCCCAACCUCACCAUCACUCAUGUUGCUGGACAGUCCACCAAGGAGUCGCUCAGAGCAGAAGAAGGCAGCCUCGCCAGAGCCCUUUCGACCUGGUCCUCGAUGAAGUUUGCUCCCAGUCAGCCUGGAGUUGGACACACACCAGCAAUUGUAAUGGGUACGGACCUCGGUGCUGACAAGAAUACAUUCAUGCCUUCUCGGCCAUUCAGUGGGUCUUUGCAGGCCAGUCCGAGGGAGAACGUCGAGGCACAACUCCUGAAAGCACUCUCCGAGCUAGAUGAGGCCCGCCAAGAGCUUGCCUCUUGGAAGCAGCAAAGCCUGGGUCCCCAUCAUGAACUUGCUCUGCCAAAAGUGGAGAUAAGUCACCCGGAGAAUCUCGCUCUUACAGAGUCGGAAGACAAACAACUGCCAGCCACGGUACCGUUAGCGAUGAUCUGUGGUAACUGCGACAGACCUGGCCACGAGGUCCGCGAUUGCAUCGGACCAGUGGAUAAUCGUGGGUUUAUCGAUGCAUGCCCCCUAUGCAACACUCGAGCCCACGGAUUCGACCAAUGUCCAAAGGUGCCGUCUGGCCGCGGCAGCAAGAGUAGUAGAAAGUCGAUUCGAUUCGAGUAUUUGGUCCUUCUACGCUCCAAAAAAGCCCCCAUCAAAUCUCACAGCUGCUGGAUUGCCAUCUGGGUGCACGCGGGGAUGCCGUUUAUCCCCCUUCCUCACACCAAACAUUUCUCACUCAAGCUGAGCCAAGAUCUUUCGAGCGCAGCGUACAACGCUCCCGAUUGGCGAACUUACGAAUACAACGGUCAAAUCAGCAUCCCAUUCGACAAAUUGGUUCAAGAUCCCGACACGGUACUUCAAAAAGGACUGACUUGCCAGCUCGUGCCUGGGUCACAGUCUAGCCUAGACAUUGCGCAAAGCCACUGCAGUAUCAAGAACAAGAUGCAAAGAACACAGAUCAAGAAUGAAUCAGCGUAUCCAGCUAAGCACGACCAUGCUCAGCCCAAGAAGCAGCCGAAGCCGCAACGAAAGAAACAAGGCGCAUCGAAGCAGUUGAAGAAAAGCAAGAAGAAGCAAUACGCCCGACACUUACUAUAUGAAGAGGAGUCCAAGGACAAGAUCAAGAGAGAAUCGGGAGGUAUUCCCAGUUUUGCCACAGGGGCCAACUGCACCAUGUUGCAGCGGCCGCUUCCAACUCUCCCCGCCAGGGAACACGUUCCUUUUAUCAAGCAAGAGCCUGUGGACUACUGA